AUGCAUCUUUCUAGUGAUGAAGCUACAGGUGAGUCAUUGCCAUUAUCUAAGAUACAAGUGGUUAUGGAACAGUUUCUUAGACUGCUAUUGAUAUGCUACUGAUUAGAUUUUUUUUUUUUUAAGGGGGCUGGCCCAGUAUGUUUAUGAAACCAUAAAAUUGGUUUGAUUGGGAGGUAUACAUAAUAAAUGAGGAUGAAGCUGAUGCCAGCAAAAUUGUCCACAGUUGACUGAUACAUAAUUAGAGAAAGUGUCAGAGCAGAGUAUGACUGACCCUCAUCAUGCAUUUUAAUUAUGGUCUUUAAUUGCCUUUUUGAAUCCUAUAAAAACCAGUGGCCCACGUCUCUUUACCAGCCGCACCGAUUGAGCCAGCAUUUAUCACCUGUAAAAGAGUAGAGGUCGCUUUGUCUUUUAGCAGAGGUUCCCAGAAUAUAUUCAUCCCUUCCUAUUAGACAACUAAAACUACAAAGCCUACAAUGUGUUGUUUUUGAAAGGAGCUCAUUUGGAUGACAGCAUUCUUGGGGAAUUUUCACCUGCUUAACAGAACAGCGUGAAGAGAAAGUACAAAGGAAAUAUUUUUAAUUCUUUGUUUUUGGAGAUCUUGUGCUGAAAACUUAAUAGCUGGUAAAGGCCAUAAUUAAAAGAGGACUCCAGUUGUUUUCUAAGCCCCUUCAAAGCCACAAUUUUAAUGGCUCCUGCACCCCCUUCCAGAGAUCUGUUGUUGCAGAUACUCAAGGGAGUUAAUUCUGUGAUGCUAAAGAUGCAAGUUAAAUUGUGACAAUUCAAAGGGCCCCCUAGAGUACUAUACAUCCACGACAGAGGUAAUCUAACAUUCAUUAGGCAAGAGGAAGGCAAUAAUUAUUUCCUUUUUAACAGAGGGGGGAUCAAUGUAUCCAUAUGGGUUAGAUUACCUGCAUCCAAAGGAAAUGGAAGCUGUUCUUUUAUUUCCUAGCAAUUAAAAUCUUUGUUGUCAAUCUCCAAUAAUGGAGCUGGUCUAAGAUCAGAGAGCUGGCCAGACUGCCUUUGCAAAGUCUGCCAUUGGUGAAGAUUUAGAAUUCUGAUUUUGAAACACUUCCAUUUCCUCUGAAGGUAUCAAAUUUAACUGCAGCACUAUAGGAGUGUACAGGCAUUUCCUUGAACAUGCAAACUAUAUCCAUGGAUGAGGGGUGGGGGCAGAGAUGUGCACACAAGCCUUGCCCCCAAACCACUGUCUGCUUCAGUCACUGAUAACGCAAGGUCGCUGAUUGUGUAAGGUGUUAUACUUGCAUUCACGUGAACACGAGCAAAAGCUCCCUGUAAGCUUUCUCCAUUGAACACAGGGAAGGGCGGGGAUUUAGCAGAUGGAGUUAUGUGCAUGGAGAUAUUAGGGGUGGACUUUCUGGCAAAUCCCUGCUUCCUCUUCACAGGUUGAGACAAAUGCUAAGCAACAUCUUAUGAACGGCUGUCUCACCAGAGUGGAGCAUGCUCUAGUUAUCUCCCACUUGGACUACUGUAAUGCGCUCUACGUGGGGCUACCUUUGAAGGUGACCUGGAAACUACUACUAAUCCAGAAUGCGGCAGCAAGAUUGGUGACUGGGAGUGGCCACCAAGACAAUAUAACAUCAGUCCUGAAAGACCUACAUUGGCUCCCAGUAUGUUUCCAAGUACAAUUCAAAGUCUUGGUGCUGGCCUUUAAAGCCCUAAAUGGCUUUGGCCCAGUAUACCUGAAGGAGCACCUCCACCUCCAUCGUUCAGCCCAGACACUGAGGUCCAGCACCGAGGGCCUUCUGGAGGUUCCCUCAGUGAGAGAAGUGAGGUUACAGGGAACCAGGCAGAGGGCCUUAUUGGUAGUGACCCCCACCCUGUGGAAUGCCCUCCCUUCAGAAAUGAUAUUUUGUAAAAGUUGUGGGUGAAGGUCCCCCCCCCCCGUUAAUAAUUUGGUCUGAAAUUUGUUUUGCUGUUCGAAAACAGGAGAUAACGGUGAGCAUUUAAUUUUUAUAAAGUAGUGAUUCUAACAAAACAGAACAAAUAAAGUGAAAUAUGGAGCUGUAUUCAACUAAUUUUUACUCAGACCCACUGAAAUUAAUGGACCUAUGUUAAUUUCAGUGGAUGGUAUUCAAUGAUAGUCCUACUCAGAGUACAAUCACUGAAGAUAAUGGACAUGAUGAAAGGAGCGAUGGGAAGUUGACAUAAAAUACAGGACUGGAACUACUGAAGGCUGAGUUGGCCUAAGCCUAUAAUAAUAAUAGUAAUAAAUAAUAAUAAUAAUAAUAAUAAUAAUAAUAAUAAUAAUUAUUUGCAUCAUGCCCAUCUGGGUGGCCUCCAACAUAUAUAAAAAAGCGUAGAGAGAAACAAGCCUUUAAAAUAGAGUUUUUCUUACACUACACUUUUUGAUGGUGUAAGUUUCAAUAGGUUGCCAGAUCACAUGACUGAGUUGAAUGGAAUUAGGAUCCAGUGUUAGUCUCUCCUGACCAGUCCGGCCUCCACCACUCCCUAGGAAAUUCCAUUUCUCAGGGCACUCAAAAUAACCCAGCUAAACUCAGAACUUGCUGACUAAGUCAGAUAUCCACCACAUCCUAUCAUACUCAUUCCAGUGGAUGGUUAGGAUUAUGGCCUAAAUUUGAUUCAUCAAUUUCAAUGGAUCCACUCUGAGUCAGACUUAGCUGAACACAACCAAAUGAAUCUAUUUUAAGCAACAGUUAGUUGAAACACUACAGAAACACUGUGUGUUUAAAAGCUAAAUCUAUGGAUGAGUUUACGCAGGCUGUAUAAAAAUAGAGUAUAAUGGAAAAUUAAUUACAAAACACCUUGAACUAAAUGCCUGAGCUAUGAAGCUAUAAAUUAAAGUUGUAAUAGUUCACAGUGAGUGGAGGCUACCAAAACCUGUAAAACAAACAAAACGUUUUAUUCUUAUAAUUAUGGAGUGAAAAAAUAGCUGCAGAUUGUUGUUCCUCAAACAUGUGGUUUUAAUUCCAUGUUGUGUACCAAUACAAAAAGCGGGUCAGGAAACAGAAUAAGGAAACAAUCAAGCCCAAAAUUAAGCAGCUUAAUGUCUCAGCGCUUUCAAUGGAAAAGUGAUGGUGAACAUCACUUAAUUUUCUGUUGAGAUCAAUGAAUGAUGGUUGCCAGAUAGAUUUGUGUGUGCAUAUGUGGAAGAAGUUGAAAAUAUUUAAGUUAUUCUUUAUCCUGUCUAGUCUGCUAUGUACUUUGUAAUAACAGAUAAAUGGUUAUUUUCCCCAGGAUUAUUUAAACAUGAUCAUGGUGAUUGUGAUCCCCUAAUCUUCAACAUCAACUUCGUUGGACUGGUCAUGUUGUGCGUCUUCCAAAGCAACUACUCUCUUCCGAACUUAAAAAAAUGGAAAGCGUAAUGCUGGUGGUCAACAAAAGAGGUUUAAAGACUGUCUCAAGGGAAAUCUAAAAAAAUGUAGUAUAAACACCAACAAUUGGGAAAUGCCUGCGAGCACUCCAGUUAGAGAACAGACUUUACCAAAGGUGUCAUGGGCUUUGAAGACACUCAAACUCAGGAUACAAGGGAGAAACGUACCAAGAGGAAGCCAGGCUUGGUAAAUCCACACCGUGAUCAGCUCCUGCCCAGAAACCAAUGUCCCCACUGCGGAAGUACGUGUGGUUCCAAAAUUGGCCUCCACCGUCACUUACGGACUCAUUGUUAAAACUGUGUUUAUGUAAGGCAAUCUUACACAGCUACAAGUGAUCGCCAAAGAAGAAGAAAGAAUUGCAGCAGAGUCUUCAGUGGGAAGAGUGGAAUACGUCAGAUAGGUAUCACACGAGCCAGGAUCUUCUUAGUGUUGAUCCCAGUUUGAACUUUGUCCCAAGUGAUUUACUGUGAGUGAUGGCCUUAUCAGUAUAAGCUUUGAAACCAUCCUUUAAAAAACAUUUAUUUAGUGCUGGUUCCAUCCCCCCCCCCCCCCCGCACACACACUCUUAAAGGCUUUAUCACACUCUUGGGCUGAAGCUGUUUUUAAGCUGUCAAUUAUAACUAGUUAAUCAGCAUGGUGUAUUCUUGGGCUGCUAAUCGUUUUUAGGCUGCCUUUUUAAAUGAGCACUUUCAAUUAAAAAUGAUAUUAUUUUAUGUUUGUUUAUGUAAGCUGCCUUUUGGAAAUUUUACUCCAAAAGGCAGCCUAGAUAUACUUAGUUAAAUAAAGUACAUGGGUAUCUGCCCUGCAACAAAUACUCUUUUGUGAGAAAUUGGUGUCCAUAACAGUUGAGGAAAUUUCUAUCUCAUAUGACAGAUGUCCUUCUACUUGUUAUACCCUAACAAGUCCUCCAUCAUUAUAAACUUUAAUAAGGGGGCCCAAACUUCAGAGCAGGUUGACAGAAAUGAAGAUGAUCUUUUCUUUAGGACUUAAAGAUUUUAAUAAUAUUUGUAGACAAGGGCAGGGAAACUUCCAAGGUUCUUGAGAUUGAUGUGGGACAGCUUCAAUACACCAUUCUUCACUGUUGGAGGAGUCCAAGGGCAAAUGUAAACUUUAAAGUCAAUGAAUUUCACCUACUGCAACUCAUACCACUUUGAAUUGUGUGGGCUUCAGAAGGCUAACAGCAGCAUACAUUGCUGCAUCCAAUUUGCCACUGAGAAACCAGGUAACUGUUGUUUGUCUGGUUGUGCAGGACACACUACAGAAACAGAUUACAGUGGUACCUCGGGUUAAGUACUUAAUUCAUUCUGGAGGUCCGUUCUUAACCUGAAACUGUUCUUAACCUGAAGCACCACUUUAGCUAAUGGGGCCUCCUGCUGCUGCCAUGCUGCUGGAGCAUGAUUUCUGUUCUGAUCCUGAAGCAAAGUUCUUAACCCGAGGUAAUAUUUCUGGGUUAGCAGAGUCUGUAACCUGAAGCGUAUGUAACCCAAGGUUCCACACACUGUCUUGACCACUGAUUCCAUUUUUAUUGUGAAGUUUGGUCAUGUAUAAUAAUGUGUAGGCUGAGGACACCAUGCAUCCCACCAUAAGAACUUAGGCCAAAUUUGAUAUUUCCCACUUCUCUCUCUCUCUCUUUCUUUCUUUCUUUCUUUCUUUCUUUCUUUCUUUCUUUCUUUCUUUCUUUUACAUUUGAUUAACAGAUAA